GUUGAAUUAAGUUAAAAUGAGUUAAAUUUUGUGCUUGGUAAGUAGCAUAAACGCAAAACGGCGUUCCAUUUGCGCCCAUUGUUAGUUUAACUUUUAUUUGAUGUAAUAUGAAAGUUUAAUCAUGGGAUUUUUUUUAUGACAAGAACACCAUACUUCAUAUAUUUCCUAGAUGAUGAAUGGGUAUCUCCGUUCUGAUGGGGUCUCUGUCCAACGCAGCAGAGUCCGAGCCGCCCUGACGACAGUCGACCCAACUGGUACGGCUACACGAUGGGGGAGGACAGUAGCUAGGCGUACUUAUUCUGUACCAUCCCCCAACAGUUUAUGGCACAUGGAUGCUCAUAUGAAACUGAACAGAUGGUCACUGGUAACCCAUGGAUGCAUAGAUGGUUUUUCUCGGUUCAUAACAGCACUGGAAUGCACUGAUAACAAUAAGGCUGAUGAUGUGUUGAGAAUAUUUGUUCAAGCCUCAGAUAGCUAUGGUCUUCCAUCGAUGGUUAGGAGCGAUCAUGGAAUGGAAAACAUCAAAGUCGCAUAUGCCAUGAAUUUGAUCAGAGGAUACCAAGGAGCAAGUCAUAUUACUGGGAGAUCGGUUCACAAUCAGAGAAUCGAGCGACUCUGGCGUGACGUUCAUAAAGAGGUGACUGAAACAUUUUACAAGGAGUUUUAUGCAUUUGAGGAUGAGGGUAUCCUUGAUGUAGUGAACACUCAGCACAUUUAUGCGUUGCACUUCGUUUAUGUUCCGGAAAUAAACCGUCGACUGACAUCUUUUCGAUGUGGUUGGAACUGUCACAGAAUGCGAACAGAAAGUAACCGUUCACCUGAACAAAUCUGGAUUGAUGGUAUCCUGAACAAUGCGAAUUCAGGACACACUUCUGUUGAAGAAAUAUUUGGCGAUGUACCUUCGUUUGCAACCCGCCUUGUCGAUGCGGUUCAAGCAUAUGGAUUUGAUACUGAUAUGGAAUCACACACAACCAGCAUGGCGCACGGUAGUCAAUCAUCUCUUUACUUGACAGAUGAACAAAACUGUCGACUGAAGGAAGCUGUGUACGGACAACUUUCACACAAAGAUAAAUUUAUUCUUUGUGCGAGAGAACUUAACGAUCUACUCAGCUAAUAAAUGAUAUCACUGGUUAUCUAUCAUCAAAGUGAAAUAUGUUAA